GCCUGGGAUCCCCCAGCCAGGGACUUCCUCUUCCUCUCGGGGCAGGUGUAGCUACCACAGCGGGGACCAACACCCUGACCCUGUCAUGGAUGGGAGCAAGGGGCCCAGGAUCAGAGACUUCCUGAGUGGGAGCCUGGCCACCUGGGCGCUGGGACUGGCCGGACUGGUGGGGGAGGUGGAGGAGCCGGAGGGGGAAGAGGAGGAGGAAGGAGAGGGGCUGCUUUGUCUGGAGAAGAGGUUCUUGCGUCUCAGCGAUGGGGCCCUGCUCCUCCGGGUGCUGGGCAUCAUUGCCCCCAGGUCUCGAGGGGGCCUGAGAAUGCUUAGGGGCCAUGAUGGUCCUGCAGCCUGGCGGGUGUGGAACAUGAACCACCUGUGGGGACGACUGAGGGACUUCUACCAGGAGGAGCUGCAGCUGCUGAUCCUGUCGCCACCACCAGACCUCCAGACCCUGGGGUUUGACCCCUUCUCAGAGGAGGCGGUGGAGGAGCUGGAAGGCAUUCUUAGGCUAUUGCUGGGGGCAUCAGUGCAGUGUGAGCACCGGGAACUGUUCAUCCGACACAUCCAGGGCCUCAGCCUGGAGGUCCAGAGUGAGUUGGCUGCUGCCAUCCAGGAGGUGACCCAGCCUGGGGUGGGCGUUGUGCUGGCGCUGGCUGGGCCUGAGCCUGGGGAGCUGGCACCUCCGGAGCUGGAGACGCUGUCCCGGAGCCUGAUGGGCAUGCUGUUGAGGCUGGCGAGGGAGCGUGAUGUGGGGGCCCAGCGGCUGGCUGAACUGCUGCUGGAGCGCGAGACGGCCCCCUUGUUGCCAGAGACUCCUGCUAGGACUCCUCCAGAGGGCCCCUCACACCACCUGGCCCUGCAACUGGCCAACGCCAAGGCCCAGCUGCGGCGCCUGCGACAGGAGCUGGAGGAGAAAGCCGAGCUGAUGCUAGAUUCCCAGGCGGAGGUGCAGGGCUUGGAGGCCGAAAUUCGAAGGCUCCGCCAGGAGGCCCAGGCGCUGUCGGGACAGGCCAAGCGAGCCGAGCUGUACAGGGAAGAGGCAGAGGCGUUGCGGGAGCGGGCCGGCCCAGCAUCACAUCGCUGGUUCUCUCUGCUCCCCAACCAGGAGGAGCGGGUGCUCUCCGGCACUCUGGAAGCCUCUAAAGCACUGCUGGAGGAGCAGCUGGAGGCUGCUCAAGAGCGUUGUGCUCGGCUGCAUGAGACCCAGAGGGAGAACCUGCUGCUGCGGACCCGGCUGGGUGAGACCCAAGCGGAGCUGGACUCUCUGCGGCAUCAGGUGGACCAGCUGACAGAGGAGAAUGUGGAGCUGGAGUUGGAGCUUCAGCGGAGCCUGGAGCCACCCCCAGGCUCUCCUGGGGAGGCAUCCCUGCCAGGAGUGGCCCCCUCUCUGCAUGAUGAAGUGAGGGAGGCAGAGGCUGGGCGGCUGCGAACCCUGGAGCGGGAGAAUCAGGAGCUUCGGGGCCUGCUACAGGUGCUGCAGGGGCAGCCAGGUGGCCAGCACCCCCUGCUGGAGGAGCAGAGCAACGACUCCGUGGUUCCAGAGCCAGAUUCAGCUCCUCAGACUUGCCUGGCCACAGACCAUGGCCCCCAGGGCUUUGUUGGUCAGGCAGCGGAUGAAGGCCUCCAGACCUUGGACCUGGCUCCCCUGGCAUCUGAUUCAGACUCACAGGUGGUGGAGAGGCCCCCACAGACGGCUGCCAUCGUUCCUGUAGACCUGAUGCUCCAGAAGUCAGACCCUGCCAUAGAGGCACAGGACUUCCCGAAGAGGGUUGGCCAUGGAGCCUGUCUCCAGACCCCUGUCUCUGUGGCUCUACCUCAGGGUCCAGAGAUCAAAAUUCAGGCUCAGCUGUCGCUGGGAGUAGAGACUGGGGAGUCGGUGCCCAAGGCCCCAGAGCUGAGACAGGAGGGCCCCGGGAGCAAGCCUGGACUCUCGCAGUUGGAGGAGCAGGAGACCUCAGGCCAGAAGGUGGACCUACUCAAUGGGCAAACAGAAGCCAGAGAGCAUGAACAGAAGCUGGAGGGGGUGGUCGGGGACUCAGUCCAGCAAAAACCACAGCAGAAGCUGGAAGGGGCUCAUGAGGCCCAGGCCUGGGAGGGGCCGAUCCCAGGGGAGAGCCUGGCCAGUGUUGUCCCAGAGCAGGAUGCCCUCAGGUUGGAGGUGGCGCAGUUGAGGAGAGAGACUGAGGCCCUUCGAGCUGAGCUGGAGGCCCAGGCCCGGAGACUGGAGGCCCGAGGCACCGAGGCUACCCGCCUCUCCGAGGAGCUGGCUCAGGCACAGAGGGCAGAGGCCGAGGCCCACCAGGAGGUAGAGGCCCAGACCGGAGAGCUGGCCCGGCUGCGGGAGGCCUUGGAGGCAGCUGGCCGGGAGCUGGAGGCCGCAUCACGGGAGCGAGAGGCACUGGCGGAGGCGCUGGCAGCAACGGGCCGCGAGCGAAGGCUAUGGGAGCGAGAGGGGCCCAGACUACGGGCCCGGGCUGAGGCAGCUGAGGAACGGCUACAAGUGCUGGAGAGCGAGAGCUGCCAGCACCUGGAGGAGGCCGAGAGGGAGCGCCGGGAGAGGCAGGUCCUCCAGGAGGAGCUAGAGAAGGCCGUGGUGCGGAGCCAGGAGCUGGGGGCCCGGCUGGAGCGUCUGCAGAAUGAGCUGGAACAGGCGGCUCUGGAGCGUGAGGAAUUUCUGCGGGAACAAGAGUUCCAGCAGCAGAGGUACCAGGGCCUGGAGCAGCGGUUGGAAGCUGAGCUGCAGGCAGCAGCCACUAGCAAGGAGGAGGCACUGACGGCGCUCAAAAGGAGGGCCCAGCAGCUGGAGGAGGAACUGUUCCAGCUGCGCCAGGGCCCUGCGGGGCUGGAGCCCGAGGAGCAGGCUGAGCCCAGGGUCACAGAGGCCCAGAGCAUGCGGCUCAUUGAGGUGGAGCGCAGUAAUGCCACGCUGACAGCCGAGAAGGCGGCUCUGCAGGGGCAGCUGCAGCACCUGGAGGGACAGCUGGGAAGCCUGCAGGGGCGCGCCCAGGAGCUGCUGCUGCAGACUCAGCGGGCACAGGAGCACAGCAGCCGCCUGCAGGCUGAGAAGUCUAUACUGGAGAUGCAGGGCCAGGAGCUGCACAGAAAGCUAGGGGUGCUGGAAGAGGAGGUACGGGUGGCGAGGCACUCCCAGGAGGAGACCCGUGGGCAGCAGCAGGCCCUGCUUCGGGACCAUGAGGCCCUGGCACAGCUACAGCGGCGGCAGGAGGCUGAGCUAGAGGGACUGCUGGCCCGGCACCGUGACCUCAAGACCAACAUGCGGGCACUGGAGCUGGCCCACCGGGAGCUGCAGGGCCGGCAUGAGCAGCUGCAGGUCCAGAGGGCCAACGUGGAGGCGCAGGAGGUGGCCCUACUGGCGGAGCGCGAACGCCUGAUGCAGGAUGGACAUCGGCAACGGGGCUUGGAGGAGGAACUGCGGAGGCUGCAGAGUGAGCAUGACAGAGCUCAGAUGUUGCUGGCGGAGGUUUCAAGGGAGCGAGGGGAGCUGCAGGGCGAACGCGGGGAGCUGCGGAGCCGGCUGGCACGGCUGGAGCUGGAGCGGGCACAGCUGGAGGCGCAGAGCCAGCGACUGCGCGAGUCCAACCAGCAGCUGGACCUGAGCGCCUGCCGGCUGACCACCCAGUGUGAGCUGUUGACAGAGCUCCGGAGCGCCCAGGAAGAGGAAAACCGGCAGCUGCUGGCUGAGGUACAGGCGCUGAGCCGGGAGAACCGGGAGCUCCUGGAGCGCAGCCUGGAGAGCCGGGACCACCUGCACCGCGAGCAGCGCGAGUACCUAGACCAGCUCAACGCCCUGCGCCGAGAGAAACAGAAGCUGGUGGAGAAGAUUAUGGACCAGUACCGUGUGCUGGAGCCUGGGCCCCUGCCCCGGACAAAGAAGGGUAGCUGGCUGGCAGACAAGGUGAAGAGGCUGAUGCGGCCCCGGCGGGAGGGGGGCCCCCAUGGGGGGCCGCGCCUGGGGGCCGAUGGGGCUGGCAGCACCGAGAGCCUGGGGGGCCCCCCAGAGACGGAACUCUCCGAGGGCAGGGAGGCGGAUGGGACAGGGUCCCCUUCACCGGCACCCAUGCGCCGGGCCCAGAGCUCCCUCUGCCUGCAGGAUGAGACUCUGGCAGGUGGGCAGCGGCGGAAACUCAGCUCAAGAUUCCCUGUGGGGCGAAGCUCUGAGUCAUUCAGCCCUGGGGACACCCCCCGGCAGCGAUUCCGACAGCGGCGUCCAGGCCCGCUGGGGGCACCCAGCUCCCACAGCAAAGGAUCUGGCGUGGAAUGGGAUGGCUCUGUCAAGACCCUGGUGGAACACGAAGCAGAUGCCAACCGAGAGGGCCUCGAGGUGCAGGAACCGGAGAAACGUCCUCUCGCCCCUUCCCUCAGCCAGUGACACUGCGUGGACGGGGAGAUUGGGAGUGGAGUCUUCUCGACACUGGAGUCUCAGUGGGGGCCCCAGGCAGCCCAGGAAUUUCGGGAGGCAGGGCACUCGUGGCGAGUCCUUGGACACGGAAGCUUGGGCCCCCAGAUCCUCCACAGCCUGCGCUGGGGCCCUGAGAUGGAGCAGGGAUGAGUUUGUGGACAGGGGGGAUGGCUGGCCCCCACCAACAGCUCCUGGCUGGGGCUCUGGCUCUGCUGUGCAGCCCUCGCUGCCAAGGCGGUCUCUGGGGAACCCCCCAGCUGAAGGAGGCAGUCAGGAGUGGGCAAGAGAGCCCCCUGCCUGGUCCAGGCAAGGAGCCAAGGACCAUUCCCUAGGGAUUGUGUCCUGGGCCCAUCUCUGAGCCUUAGCUGGAAUGUGAGGGAGCCGAGAAUAAAGCCGAGAAUAAAGCUGGGAUGCCAC